UUGUAAGGGCGUUCGUACGAUGUUCGGUCAGGGCCUGAUAAUAACGCUAACCGGAAGAAUUUAUCACGGGUUAACCGAUGAUAGAAUUCUACCGGUUAGUCUUAACCGGACAUAGUAAGAACGGCCCUAAGUUGUAACCGACUGUUAUUAAUUGUUAUGCGGCGCUAUCAAUUAUUGAUAACGUUAAGUAGACAGUAACGAUAACCGAUAAUAGUGAAUUAGUGACAACAAUUAAUUUUUUUUUUUUGAUUCAAACUCACGACAUCGUUGCUAACAAACAUUUAAAAGUGCAUGGUGCAUAACUAUGCAUAGUACAUUACGAAUAUCGUUAUGAUCGCCAGCAGGCAACGACUGACAUUACCCUAUUAUGUUGACAAAAUCACAAACGAUUAAACGAGUACCUACAAAACAACAGAGGUAACUAGUUUUAAUAGAUGAUAUACAUUAUAAUAUAUUUUGUUUUGGAUUUUGAAUGUAUUAUCAGUUAUCAUUUAAAAGAUAAAUGAGCAAUGGAUUUCAAUUAUGAAAAUUGUAUUAAAGAAGGUUUGAAAAAUUUGACAAUUACAUCUGCAGUUAAAAAUAAAAACGAAGAAGAAUAUUUCAAAGAAUUCAUGCAGCAAGAUGACACAGGAGUUAAUAUACUUAAGAGGUUAUCUGGUAAUGAUUUACCAACAUUUUAUAUACCUCAAGUAGCUGAAGAAGUCAACAUUUUUAAAGCUCAAUUAAGGGCUGAAGCACGAGGUCGUUUUUUUGAAAGAGAGUUGUCAAGACUAUUGACUAGUGAAGAAUUGAAAUAUAUGUGGUCAUUGCUUCAAGAGCAUCAUACUUCAUUGAAUAAUUUUAUACAUAAUCAGUACAUAAAUUAUAAAAGUUUUAUUCAAGUCAAACAAAAAUUAAGUGAUAAAUACAAAUCAUUUUUUAAUCCUAGUAUAUUUCUACAGUUACAAGACAGUAAAAUCAAAGGUUAUUUAUCAAUAGAUACAUUUUUCAAUUAUAUAAUGAAAAAAAUAUGGAUAGAUCAAACUAGAAAUGGACUUUCUCAAUAUGAUUCAAGUGGUUGUGGUUAUCUGAGUGAAGCGGAUUUUGAAGCUUAUAUUUUAGAUCUCAUACCUACAUUAACUCAAUUGAAAAAAUUAGAAAAAAUGUUUUAUUCAUUUUAUUCAUGCAUGGUUGUAAGAAAAUUUUUUUUCUAUUUGGAUCCUUUGCGAACUGGAAAAAUACGAAUCAUUGAUAUCUUAUCUUGUGGUUUUCUUGAUGAACUAUUGGAGCUCCGAGAAGAAAAUUGGAGUAAAGAAUCGCAGAAAAAAAAUUGGUUUUCUGUUCCUUCGGCUCUUCAUAUUUAUUCAUCAUAUUUAGAAUUAGAUAAAGAUCAUAAUGGAUUAUUGAGUCGCCAAGAAAUAACAGGGUAUAAAUCGGGUGCUCUCACUUCUGUAUUUUUGGAUAGAGUAUUCCAAGAUGCAUUUACGUAUGAUGGUGAAAUGGACUACAAGGGUUAUUUAAACUUUGUUUUAGCUACGGAAAAUCGUCAUGAACCUCAAUCUUUACGAUAUUUGUUCCGAUUUUUAGAUAUAAAAAAUCAAGGAUACCUGGAUUCUUUUACCAUUAACUAUUUUUCUAGGGCUGUGGCUGAUAGAUUACCAAAGGAGCAGCAACAAAUGGUUUCAAUGGACGAUAUAAAAGAUGAAAUUUUUGAUAUGAUCAAGCCAGAAGAUCCAGCUAAAAUAACUUUAAAAGAUAUCAUACGCAGUAAAAUGGGUCAUGUAUUAGUGAACAUUUUGAUUGAUUUUAAUGGAUUUUGGUCUUAUGAGUUUAGAGAAACUUUAGCAACUAAUAGUAUUAGUGAUAAUAAUUUUAAUGAAAGUUUUGUUACACAUUAACAUACCACACAAUCCAACACAUUUAUAAAUUAGAUACCUUACUUUUAAUUAUAUAUUUAUAUGUAUUAAUAUAUACAUAAUAUAUUAUAAUUUAUUUUAUAAAUUAAUUGUUGGAUUCAUAAACACCAUUGUUCAAAGUAUAUACUUUUAUUAUUAUAUUAUAAUAGUAUAUAUUUUUGCGAGGUUUAUUUUUUUAUUAUUAUUAUUAUUAAUAAUCUUAAUGUCAACAUUACAAAGUUUUACUAUUUUUAAUUAUAAGCAUUGAAUAUAUUUUAUUUUUUUAAGUGAUCUCUAUUUAUCUAUUAAAUUAGUGUUUAUCACCAUUUUUGAUAAGUACUUUAAGUUCAUAUUGAUUAUUAGUUUUUUUACCAAUCACAUAAAUUAGUUGAUUUAAAUAUGAUAAAAUUGUAAAUUUUUAUUUUUUAACCACAUUAAUAUAUAUUAUAUAUAUAUAUAAAUUAUACUUAAUGUAUACAGAAUAGACUGAGAUUGAAAUUUAUUAUGAUGAUAUUUGUAUAUUUAAUAUUAUUUUAAUAUUUUAUUCAUAAUACAUUUGUAUUUAUAUUUAAAUUUUAUUUAGGAAAUGUAUUUCUUAUGGAAUCUACAGUAUUUAAUUAAACACCCCUACGUUAUGAAUUAUAUAGUAAUUUAUUAAAAUAUAUGUAUAGUUUGUUUUAUGAAAGAAAGGUACUACCGUGUUUUAACUAAAGCCAUUUUAUGUGCUUAAUUCUAAUUCAUGUGCAUUCCGACACUUCAUUGAGCUUGAUAUGCCCCUCCUGGCCUCCCCCCACAAUCAUAUUUGAGUAGGUAUUAUGUUGAAAAAUAAGGUUUAUUAUUUUUUUUUUUAAAUCUCAAAUGGAUGUAUUUUGUAUAAAUAAUAUAAUCUUUAUGUUCAAUUAAAUUUUGAAACUGAUGAUUGUGAGAUUAAAACUGAAUAAAUUAUUAACAAUUCGAAAUUGAAA